GGCCCCGAGCUGCCCCUUGCGAGCUCUGUGUUGUCCCCGCCUAGCGCACAAUGGACUCUCUGCUCCUCCCCCUGCUCCUCCUGGCUCUGGCCCCGGGUGUCCGGUCCCAGCUCCGGCUCCAGGAGUCUGGCCCGGGGGUGCUGAAGCCCGGAGAGACCCUCACACUCACCUGCGCUGUCACCGGGGGCACGGUCACUGAGGGGGACACCGUCACCAGGUGGGGCACCGUCACCAGCAGCCGUUACUGGAACUGGAUACACCAGGCCCCAGGCCAUGGGCUGGAGUGGAUGGGAUACUGGUCUGGGAGCACAAGCUACGCCCCGUCUCUCCAAGGCCGAAUCACCAUCUCCGUGAAUUCCUCCAACGCCAAAUAUUAUCUGCGGCUGAGCUCGUUGACAGCUGCAAACACCGGCAUCUAUUACUGCACCAGAGACACAGUGACACAGGGCAAAGCAGGGACCAUACAAAAAGAGGGAGCGGAUUUUAAACAGAGCAGUGUCCUCUUUCAGGUGCAGCUGGUCCAGACCGACCCUGGGACGGUGAAGCCCGGAGAGAUCCUCAGUAUCACCUGUAAAGUCUCUGGAAUCUCCAUCAGCAGCUACUAUUGGAGCUGGGCCCAUCUGCCCAGGGAGGGCUCCAGGCACCAGCGCUCCAAGCAUGUGCCUGGGGCACAGCUACUGGAUCAUACUGGAGCCCAGGAAGGACUGGAGUGGCUGGCUGCUUUUUAUGAUGAGGCAAACAGCAAGUGCUACACUUCCUCCGUCCGGGGCCGAUUCACAGCCUCCAAGGACAGCACCAACUUCUACCUGGUCACCUGA